UAUGACGCUUUGAAUUUGGGAAUAUUUACAGAUUGAGUUUAAUUUUUUUUCCUAGUAUUUGCUUGAAGGCGUGUAAUUAGGUGUGAUACUUCUGCCCUCUUCAUUCUGAUUGAUAGCGACUUGUAUGCUUUGGAUUGUGGUGCUCUGCAAUGUUUAAUUUGUUGUGCACUGGCAUUCUGUUUAUUAAUCUCUUUAUAUUACGAUCUAUUUAGACAUUUCUCCAGGUAUUUGUGAUGCAUGAUCUUGUAAAUGACUUGGCUCGAGGUGUUUCAAUUUAUCUGGAACAAAAAUUAAAAGGGUAUUAUAUCAACUAUGCGCAUUAAUGUGAUAUAGGUCCUUCUAUGGCUAGUGUUCUAUCGCGUGUGAAAUUGGUGGCUGUACCAAUGGUUUUGUCUGAUGAUUGUAAUGUUAGUCCAAAUGUUCAGUAUUUAUUAAUUGUUAAAUGAGAUGGCGCAUGGGAGUAUUGGUGUUUGAUAAUUGAGUUUGCAUCUUGCUAAUAUGUGGAUGUUCAGGACACUCAAUCAUACACCCAUAGAUUAGAAAAAAAGGAGAAAAAAUGUGUGUAAAGAAAAUUUGGAAAACAUAAUUUGCAGAUGUAGUGAGUUAGGCUUGGGAUUGCUCUGGCAUCAUUUCUCCAUGUGAUUUAUCACCAUAUGCUUUAUUUAUGUGUGAACAAUUACAUUAAGUCAAACUUGGUAUUGUAUUUAUAUAGUAUUUGUGGGGUAAUUUUGCUUGAUUUUUUUGGUGCAUCCCUCUCAGGCUUCAUUGAGUCAUUCUCAUCUUAAUGUUGCGUUCAAAAUACCUUGGAGUUACCAUCCCUUUCUUUGGCGGCAAUAAAGGCUUCAUACCUGUGGUUCUCUAUGAGCUAUACUUUUGCAGCCAUGAAAUCAGGUGUCAAUCCUGGAUUAAUGUUCAGACCAACCAUGAACCUCUCUAUCUUAGAGACACUUUUGCAGAAAUGCCAAUUUCUAAAGCAAUUGAACCAGAUCUUGUCCCAGAUGGUACUGACCGGAUUUAUCAAAGAUACAUAUGCUGCUAGCAGAAUCAUCACGUUCUCGACCAACUCAAAUUUCAUCGACACUGAUUACACUCUCAAAAUUUUUAAUCAUAUUGAGAACCCUAAUGGGUACAUUUGGAAUACUAUGAUGCGUGCAUACUUAGAAAGAAACUCCCCUCAUGAGGCCUUAAAUCUGUACAAAUUGUUCCUCAUUAAGGAUCCUAUUCCAGAUAACUACACCUACCCAAUUCUACUUCAAUCUUGUGCUGCUCGGUCUUCAGAAUUUGAAGGAAAACAAAUGCAUAAUCACAUUUUCAAAUUGGGUUUCAAUUCAGAUAUUUAUGCUAGGAAUACGUUGAUCAAUAUGUAUGCAGUUUGUGGGAGCUUGAGUAGUGCGCGCAAGAUUUUUGAUGAAAGUCCUGUGUUGGAUCAAAUUUCUUGGAAUUCGAUUUUGGCAGGAUAUGUUCAGAUGGAUGAUGUAAAGGAGGCAAGAUACAUAUAUGAUCGGAUGCCAGAAAGAAAUAUUAUUGCAUCUAAUUCUAUGAUUGUGUUAUAUGGAAAAACUGGUCAUGUUGUUGAGGCUUGUCAACUAUUUAAUGAAAUCCCCCAAAAAGAUAUGGUUUCAUGGAGUGCAAUGAUUUCCUGUUAUGAACAAAAUGCAAUGUAUGAAGGGGCAUUGGUUUUCUUCGUGAAGAUGAAUGAAAAUGGAAUUACAGUGGAUGAGGUUGUGCUGGUAAGUGUUCUUUCCGCCUGCAAACACUUAUCAACUGUCCAGACAGGAAAAUCAAUACAUGGUUUGGCUGUGAAAAUUGGAAUUCAAUCCUAUGUUAACCUUCAAAAUGCUUUGAUACACUUGUACUCAAGUUGUGGGGAAAUAUUGGAUGCAAAAAAGCUUUUCAAUGAUGGCAUCCACUUGGACAGGAUAUCUUGGAACUCUAUGAUAUCCGGGUACCUAAAAUGUGAUUUAGUUGAAGAUGCUGAGUUAUUAUUCAACACCAUGCCAGAGAAGGAUAUCGUGUCUUGGAGUGCUAUGAUAUCAGGGUAUGCUCAACAUGAACGUUUCUUAGAGGCUCUGGCAUUGUUUCGGGAAAUGCAGUUUCAUGGAAUCAAACCAGAUGAGAUCACAUUAGUGAGUGUAAUCUUGGCAUGCACCCAUCUUGCUGCUUUAGACGUGGGAAAAUGGAUUCAUGCUUAUAUUAGUAAAAAUAAGUUAAAGGUUAAUAUCGUAUUGGGUACAACUCUUAUAAGUAUGUAUAUGAAAUGUGGAUGUGUAGAAAAUUCUUUAGAGAUUUUCAAUAUGAUGGAGGAAAAAGGAGUUUCGACAUGGAAUGCUCUUAUUCUUGGGUUGGCAAUGAAUGGUAUGGUAGAGAAGGCACUUGGCACGUUUGUGGAUAUGAAAAAGGCUGGGUUGCUUCCGAAUGAGAUAACAUUUAUGGGAGUUCUUGGUGCAUGUCGGCACAUGGGCCUAGUGGAUGAGGGGCGCCACCACUUUCGUUCUAUGAUUGAAGAACACAAAAUAGAGCCAAAUGUUAAGCAUUACGGAUGCAUGGUUGAUCUCUUAGCACGUGCAGGUAUGCUUAAAGAAGCAGAGGAACUUAUUGAAAGUAUGCCAAUGGCGCCGGAUGUUGCUACUUGGGGUGCUUUGCUUGGGGCUUGUAAGAAAUAUGGUAACAAUGAAAUGGGUGAGAGGGUGGGGAAAAAACUCAUACAACUUCAGCCUGACCAUGAUGGUUUUCAUGUGUUACUAUCGAAUAUAUAUGCUUCAAAAGGAAAUUGGAAUGAUGCUCUUGAGAUUAGGGGAAAGAUGAUGGAACAUGGGGUGGUGAAGACACCAGGUUGUAGCAUGAUUGAAGCAAAUGGAGUGGUUCAUGAAUUCUUUGCCGGAGACAAGACACAUUCUAGAAUACAUGAUAUUGAGCAAAUGUUAGAUGUUGUAGCCUUGAAAUUGAAGGAUGAGGGAUAUGCGCCAGAUACAACUGAGGUUUCACUUGACAUUGAUGAAGAAGAGAAGGAAACUGCUCUUUCUAGACACAGUGAGAAACUUGCAAUGGCAUUUGGACUUCUCGCCAUCACCCCACCAACUCCAAUUAGAAUUAUGAAGAAUUUGCGAAUUUGUAAUGAUUGCCACAUUGCCGCAAAAUUGAUUAGUAGAGCUUUUGAUCGGGUUAUUGUGAUUAGGGAUCGCCAUCGCUUUCACCACUUCAAGCAUGGAUCUUGUUCUUGCAUGGACUUUUGGUAACAUAAUCGUAAGUAAACUGGUCCAGGACAUCUCACCUUAUCAAGAUUCUGUAUUUGGAACUCACAUUCAACCACUAAUGGAGAUUUGGAGAUUCACAACACUUGAAUUUGUCCGUGCCUUAAGUCCUUAAAAUCUAAAGUUGAGAAUGAUGCCUUGCACACCAAUGGAGGUCAGCGUGUGUAAUUUAGCUUUUGGCCAGCAAGCAAUUAGAAUGGAAAUAGUUCGCUACUAAAUACAGGGUACUGAGAACAAGUAUUUGAAAUUAUUUCAAGUGUAUUUUCUUUUGUAGAACUUGGAAAUUUUGACUGGCAUGACUAUAUGCAGAUUCCUUGAACUACGUUAGUCACUGGCACAUGCUUCUUUUUUUGGGUAGUAAAUACAUGCUUAAAUGUUGUCGCCAGAAUUGGAUUAUCCGAAAUGGUAGGAAUGAGGCGGGAAAAACAUGUACCAGGAGGCUACCGUGACAGAGGAUCUUUACACCUACUUGCUGGCUUUUGUGGAAAUCAUUAUGCGCAAGAAUCUACUUGAACAACAAAACCCUAAAGGUGAUAUUGGAUUCGUAAGCCACAAGAGAUCUAAUAUGGAAGGAAUGAGAAAAUAAGACUCUGGAAGCUUGUAAUUGAGAUCAGCACUCCAUGGAAAUCACUGGAAGCCAGGUGGUUGUGUCUUGAUGUGGACGGUAAACUGGGGAGAGGCUAUUUGUGGUCAGUCAUAUACGAUCAAAAUGAUAGUUGGAUGCCAAAGGCCUUAUAGCCCAGAGGAUUGGGUAUUUUCUAGUAAAUGGGAGAUCAGGGAUUCAAUCCUGUUUAUAACAUCAGGCCUUUCAAUGCAAUAAAAAUAUAUAGGUGGAUUAGUGGUUUCAUGACUAUACUAGGAUGCACUUGCCUAGCACCACAACGGAGCUUUUGGGAAUCUUGUGCAUUUUUUAAGAUUGUUUCGGAUCAAAUUGCAAGAAAGUUAUGGUAUGUAGCGAUCCAAGCACACAAGAAUCAGCCGUGGAUCAAAUUCCCUUGAAGAGUUAUAAUCAUGCUAGCCGCACCAUCGCAUCUGAGAAUGUGUUGUAACUCGGACGAAGACAACAUGCUUGCUGAUAGAACGACUCAUCGCGCCCGUGCUCAUGCCUUUUGAUCUUUGAUCAGUGUUUGGUCUCUCACCAAGGCAUUUGUAUUAAGGGGAAAAACAGGUUGUCUUGUGUGUACUACUUUUGAUCCUUAAUAUAAAAACUAGUUUGAU